AUGGCCCACUGCGAGCAUGUAACGAAGCCGGCAGACAUUGCGGACUUCGUGCUGUAUAUCAAAACGUGGGGCGAUAUGGUCCAUCACCAUCACUCCAUGGAAGAAACGGAGGCUUUCCCCCAAUGGGAUGAAAUCGCCAAAGCAGGAGGAGCCUCGGAAAGCAUCACGAGCAGGAAUAUCGAGCAACACCAUGCUUUUGAGGUGGGGUUCGAGGAUUUCAGAACAUAUGCUGAAGAAAUGCAAGGAGGAAAAGCCGAGUAUGACGGCAAGAAAGUCAAGGCCAUGUUGGAGAGCUUCGCAGCAGUCCUCAACGAGCAUCUACAUGACGAGGUGACAAUGAUUCUUGAUAUGGAGAAGUACGAUGGCGUAGCGCUGAAGAAGGUUAUGGAUGCUGCAGCGCAGAAAUCGAUAAACUCCGCGGACCCGGUAUUGUUUCCCAUGAAGGCGUGGUUAGAAGGUCAUUGA